GUAACAACACCAUGGUCAAAUACACUGAAGAACAAUUAUUGGAAGCAAGAGAGGAGGCUUAUGUCCCUCUGCCUCAAAUCUUAGAAGCUUUUAAUCAAAUGAUUGACCAAGUUAAGGAACAUGCAGCUGCCGAAUAUGAAAAACAUAAAGCCUUGAAGUGGAGUAAUGGUGAUACUUAUAUCGAUGAGCAUGGUCAUGAAAGAUCAUACCACCACAUGAACAGAAGAAGGGCUUCCAGAACCGGUGGUAGCAAGCCAAACUUGAGAAAAAAGAGUGAAGUUGACCAAGAUGGAUGGGAAACUUUAUCCAAGCCAAAGAAAUCUUUUGGUGCUGAAGAAGGUGUUGAAGAAAGAAACAAAUUUAGAGAAACAAUUAAAGCAAGACCUAACAAUAAGAACUUGGGUUCUUCCAAGCCAGUUGACCACAGAGAAAUUAUUGCUGAUAAGCCUGUUAAAGCAUUCAAUGCAUUUGCUGCUUUAGAAGAUGACGAUGACGACGAAGAAUAGGCAAAAUUCCUUAUGUAUUCGUGUCAAUUGUAAGAUAAAACAGGAAAAGAGCAAACACAUGUUUGUUUAAAGUAUUAUAACUUUAGGAUGUACAUUUUUUGAGGUUUUUUUUUUGGUUUUUUUUUCAAUUCAAAUAUAUGGUGGGAUUUUGUAUUUCAUAUUUAUUAUGAGCAAUUGGUUUCCGUUUUACAUUGUAUAGUAGUAUAUACUGUUGAUUAUAACAAAUGCACAAUAUCAGGAUUUGAUUUGAAACCAAGUAUAACCAGUUCUAGGAAUGACCUGUAAGCACUCCAUACUUACAAACAUUAUGCCUGUAAGAAGAAUCUACAAAGCGUGCAUUCAAAGUUUGGUUGAACUGUAUUCUCAUGACUUAGCAUCGUUGUCAGCUUUGGUUGCUUUUGGCCAAUUAAUACAUGUGGUUUUUUCUGAAGUGGCUUUAGUUGAAAUUUCAUAUGAUUAUGUCCAUACCUUUGAAAAUUCCACCAAUACUAACUAUAAAAGGACACUUUUGGUUACGAAACUGCUUUGGCCUUGCGGCUUCAAACCUAUCUGUUUUUGGACGUUUCAUAAUUGAAGCCAUUCAUAUUAAGAGCACCGAUUACUUCAUUUAUAGGUUGGGUCCCCUGGUUCCACUAAAUUAUCUGCUAAAAAUAUGUGCUAUAUCCCUCUCGUUUAUUCAACGUAAACUAAGUUACUACCAAUAGGUAAUAUCGCAUUGCUGCAAAUGGUUGAAGAACCUGCCUGGACUUUUCUUGACCUAUCAGUAUUUGCAUAUUGCGGACUUUUAACAUAUAUUUGAACACUUUACGGAUUAACAAAGUUUGAAGUCUAUACGUUGACACAUGUCAUACUAUGACAUAUUUAAUCGUACGAACUCAUAACCCAAAAGGUGUUGAAAAAUGGAAAAUCGUACCACUGUUCGACAAACUCUUGAACAGAAAAUGAAACUCAUAAUUCUUCUUUUGGGCACGGAACAGAAUUUGUUUAAUUGCGAUAUUUCUUUGUACCUCUCCUAUCCCUGUGUCCCUAGCUAGUUUAUCAUAGCAAAGCAAUAUUGAUAUAGCGAAAUAAACUAAAAUAAUUCAAAA